AUGUAUUGCGUCAGGAAAAAUAUAAGGGCUCUUGAUUACUGGGAUGGAGAUGGCCCCAUAGUGGUCGGAGUGGUAGGCAUAGCCGGUAAAGGUGGUGAUGCCGUAUUAGGUGCAGAAGGCAUGGAUGGAAAUGGUGGUAAUGUGGCCUUUGGCAGAGGGGCAGCAGGAAGUGGCCCCAAAGUUGUGGGCUUUGGUAGAACUGGUGCAGCAGGCAUUGCUGGCAGAGGACUGACAGUUGGAAGUGGCAGCAAUGUUGCUGGCUGUGGGGGCAGGUUGGUUGCAGUUGGCAAUGCGGGCAAGGAGUUAGAUGGCAAUGGUGGUAGUGCUGCUUGUGUUGGGUUCAACAUUGUUGGCAUCGGUGGGAUGCUGGGGUUUGGUAGUGGGGGAAACCCUGUUUUCGGCAUGGUUGGGAGUGCUGGCAUCGGAGGGAUGCUUGGGUUUGGCAACGGUUGGAUGGGAGGAAGUGCUUGUAAAAGAUGUCGGGCUGCAAAGCUCAUUUGA